GCAGUCCGCUUUGUGUUCAUUUCGGCUACGGGUACCGCACUUCCUGUUGCAUUUUUGGCGUCAGCUUUCCCUACCCCUCGACAGGGAUUUUAUGUGUAGGUGGUAGGAAUUUUUAAGUCUUUUAUAGGCUGUUUGUACGUGUAGUUAUCAUGCUGUUGGCUUUCAUUUAGCAUAUGAAGGAGAAUUCUCUGUAAUCCGCUUCCCUCCAUUCAUUGAGUUCGGGACGGUCGGACCUCAGGUCCGAUUCAAACAGGUGGAAGACGAUUCCAGGUGGAGUUUUAGGGGGGUGUAGACUUACCAGAUCGUUGCUUGUCUGUUAAAUCGGUCCUGUCCUAUUUAGGUACAGGUACAUACAAAUUGUGUCCGUUAAGGUAGAAAUGAGCAAAUACACGCGUUGUAACGUCAAUGUUGCGUUUAUUUUUCUUUGAAAUUUAGUAUUUAAAUUCAGGAAGCGAAGAUUUUUUUUAGCUAGCCAGGAGACCUUCACAGGUGGGACAUACCCGUUUCGUAGGACAGCCCCUUCUUUCAGUUCCUCAGCGUAGGAUGUGAUCACUGACAUUUGUUGUUGCCGUUUGGGACAGGAGGCGAAGCGUUUCUGCAAACAGGUGUGAGACCACACGAAUCUACAUAGUCAGCUAGCUUGCUAGCGACGAAUUUAUGUUUAUUCUGGGGUAAAUAUCAUUCCUAGUCGUGAGGCGUUCUUCCUUGUGAAAAGGGGAUAAAACAUUUAGCUAAAUUGAAAUUCGGGCAGGACUUGAAUUAUUUUGAGGCUAGCUAGCCAGAAAGACAUAUAAUACAUAGAGAAAGCAAUGUCAACAAAAAAAUCGUGCGUGGAUUUAAUGAAAAGGAGUAGGAGCCCUGUCGUGUCGGAGGCAGAGAUGUUCAACGAAUUUCAGGACUGGUGCCUCCGUACUUACGGGGACUCGGGUAAAACAAAGACGGUCACCCGGCGAAAAUACAACAAGAUUCUUCAGACUCUUUUACAGAACGACGAAUCGGGUGGCGUCUACAUCGAGAGCAACCACAUCAACGCCAAAUUCAAAUUCUGGGUGAAAUCCAAAGGUUUUCAGGUUGGGAGCAUUCAAGGCGACCACAAUGGAGCAUCUGGAAAACCGGUCCUUUACGUCCCCAUCAAGGCAACGUGCGUUGAUGGCGGCUCUGCUCAGGACAGCUCCUCCCUGAAGAGGGUGGCGGUGGUGGAGGACUUCUUCGACAUCAUCUACGCCAUGCACGUGGAGAUCGGCGCCGACCCCGGCAAAGCGCCCAAGCACGCCGGACAGAAGAAGACAUACAAAGCGAUCGCCGAGACGUACGCCUUCCUGCCCAGAGAGGCGGUGACCCGUUUCCUGAUGAGCUGUGGCGAGUGUCAGAAGAGGAUGCACAUCAACCCCAGCGGCGCCGAGUUCAAAGAGAACGACCGGCCGGCCUCCCUGGUGCCUGACCUCAUCGAUUACAACAUGCCGCUCACCACCACCUACCUGAAGCAGAUGAAGCUGCAGUUCAUGAACGCCAAUGAGCAGGAUGAGAGUUCAGUGAGCAGCGAGGAUUUUGAUAUGAGCGACCCCACAUGGAUAUCAGCUGAUCACGGCCCCGCGUCCGACCAGAGCCCCAGCCACGGAGAGAGAAUGCACAGCCCACAGAACGCGCACAAAGAGGAGGACGACGACUCCUCUUCAGAGAGCGGCAGUGGGAAUGGAAUGCACACCCUGACCCCUCCCUCAGCGGGCGGGGCAGCUCCGCCCGAGAGCGCUGGGGCGGGGCCUUACAGCGAGGUGAACGGGAACGGGGCGGCGGGGCCCCUGGAUUUCAGCACCACCUCCUCCUCGUCCUCCUCCGAGGACCAGCAGCCAAUCAACCUCAGCGAGCGGCUGCCCGCCGGGCCGAUGCUGGGCCCCUUCCAGCCCGACCCCCCCGACGGCUUGCGCAGGAAGUACCCCGGAAAACCUGGCCAGCCCGCAGACCUGCGCCACGACCGCGACGUCAGAGACUACGGCAACAAGUCUCCUCAGUACAGCUCAGGGAGCUAUGACUCAGUGAAGAUGGAGACUUUUCCAGAGGACCUGACCGUGAACCGGGCACAGGCUGCAGAUGAUGAUGAUGAUGACCAUGAUGACCACGAUGACAGCGACAAGAUGAAUGACACGGAGGGCGUGGACCCCGAGCGGCUAAAGGCUUUCAAUAUGUUUGUGAGGUUGUUUGUGGAUGAGAACCUGGACCGCAUGGUGCCCAUCUCCAAGCAGCCCAAGGAGAAGAUCCAGGCCAUCAUCGAGUCCUGCAGCCGCCAGUUCCCCGAGUUCCAGGAGCGCGCUCGCAAGCGCAUACGCACCUACCUCAAGUCCUGCCGUCGCAUGAAGAAGAAUGGCAUGGAGACACGACCCACGCCGCCUCACCUCACCUCCGCCAUGGCCGAGAACAUCCUGGCGGCCGCCUGCGAGAGCGAAUCACGCAAGGCCGCCAAGCGGAUGCGCCUAGACGUGUACCAGACCCACGACGAGCAGAUUUCACUGGACAAGCCGAGCUCGCGGGAGCCGGUCACCCUGGCGCACUCUGCGUACUCCCUGGCUGCCUCGGCCUACAACCAGGAUCAGCUCUACAUCAACGGUGGGCUCAACUACAGUUACCGUGGUUACGGAGGCCUAGGUGCCAGUAUGCAACACCCUGUCUCCCUGACAACCGGCACUGCACAGAGCAAUGGACCCACUGACCUCAGCAUGAAGUCUCUUGCGUCGAACUCCUCUUCGUCCAGCUCCAACAGCCACGGGCGGGGCGGGGGCAGCGGCGGCGCCUCGGCGCAGCUCAGCCCCACCGAGAUCACCGCCGUGCGCCAGCUGAUCGCCGGCUACCGCGAAUCGGCCGCCUUCCUGCUGCGCUCGGCCGACGAGCUGGAGAGCCUGAUCCUGCAGCAGAACUGAGCUGCGCCCCCCCCCCUUCCUCCUCCUCCUCCUCCUCCUCCUCCCCUCUCUCUCUCCUGCCAGACCGCCCCCAUACCCUACCCCCACCCCGGGACUACCUCCCAUCCUCUUCGUCCUCUUCUUCCUCAGCGCCCGCCCCUAGAGAGAAGGUGCACCUACCCCCCAUCCCCCCGCCCUUUGAUGUAGGCGCAGAGGGAGAGAGAGCGCCGCGGCGUAAGAACUGGGCCCCUUCUGCUCUUCAAGGUGGGAGCGCGGGGGGAUUGCGCGUUUCUCCAUCACUGUAAAAAAAAAUAGAGGAAAGGAAAAAGAGAUGAAAGAGGAGGCGCGGGAGCUGAGCUGAAUCUACCUAAAGGAGGCGUGGGGGUGCUGAACGCUGGAUGCCGCUGGACUGGGCCAGGGCCACAACCCCGCCCCCUUCCCCUCUGUCUCCUGACACUCUACGGUGCACAGCGCUAGUGAGGUUUAAAAAGUCCCCUUCACCAAUCACCCAAACCCCGUCCCCAAAGCAAAACACAGACUGUCCUUCAUUUCCAACUAAAACUUUCCUUAAUGACACAUAUUUUUAAUUUAAGUUAAUUUGUUUGUUUUAAAGGCCAUUGAAUUGAAUUUUGUUUGUUUGUUCCUAAGCCACUGAAAAGGGUGUGACUUAUCUUAAAGAUAGCACUAACUACAUGAAGACACUUUGAACAGAGGCUAAGGAGAUGAAAGAAAAGAGAAAAGACAAAGAAAGAGUGAAAGAAGAGAGGAACCUCUUGCUCGCUGUAAAUAAGCGCUCUCUGUGUUCUGAAGCACUUUCCCGUCACACAAACCUCACCUCCCCAUUGAGUAAUAAAGACUUUCCCGCCGGGAAUAACACUUAACUUAUGCAUAUUGAAACGCCAUUUUUUCACAUGGAAAUACCUCAAAUGUACUUACUGUCCCUGUAAACCUACUUUAUCCCAGCUGGUGUUAGAAAGCAAGAGUUUUGUUGUUUUAAGAAGCCCGCUAAAAAAAAAAGCAGCUCAGUAGAGAUUAAAAAAAUAAAUAUUGUUUCUGUAGUUCAAGUUUAAUCUUAAAAAGUCUUGUUUGUUCAGAUUAUAUAUGUAUAUAUUCAAACCGUACACAACGGCAGAAUUACAUGGAUAAAGAUAUGAAUAUUGAAAUUGAAGGGCUGGGUGUUAAGACAUGUUUUCUGUUGGAAACUGACUUUUCCCUGCUGAGAAUUGAGACUUUUUAGGUCUCUUUGUUUGUCGUCUCUCUAGUGACACGGUGGCCUCCCCAAUCCCGCAAGGCCAAAUUUAACCCCGCCCCCCAGCCCCCCAACGCACCGCACUCCGUGUCACCCUGUCCCUCUCGGAGUCUUUCUUCCCCCUCUCUAUCUCCCCGCCCCUUCCUCUUUUUGUCCUCAGUUCAGUUCAGUUCAGUUCACUUGUGGAAUUUACGGGGAAGAUACUGUACAUCUUUGUGUUCUGACUCUGAGAUGGCCAUUAACCCAUGUUGCUGCUAUGGACCGGACUGUUGCCACAGACCUGUAACCUCAAGCCAGGACACCAGCCUCCGGCUGAACCAGAGCACCUCAGACCCAUGCAAAAAUGCAAAAUGGACAAAAACAAAGACAAAAAAAGAAACUAAAAACUUAUCAUCCCAGGCUUUUGUUUCUCACUGCUUUGCACUCUAGGUUUCCUCUAGCCUUUUGUUGAUUUCUAGGGCUGUGUUGUGAUUUGUCUUUUGUUUUUAUAUUUUUGUGGGAGGGCUUGAAUAUCUUCUCUGUUCUAAUCCUCAGGCACCUCGUGCAGCCUCACAUAAGCACUGGCCUGGGCCUCCUCCUCAACUGGGGUUGGACUGUGCCUCCCUCUGCUUUUACACUGUAGUAUGGCCCAGGCCUCCUCCUCAUCUGCAGUCACUCCUGGGAUUGGGCUGUGCCUCCCUCUCACCUGCACAGUCACAUUAUAGGGUUGGACUGUGCCUCCCUCACCUGCACAUUCAUUAUAGUGUUGGACUGUGUCUCCCUCUCACCUGCACAGUCACAUUAUAGGGUUUGACUGUGCCUCCCUCACCUGCACAGUCAAGUUAUAGUGUUGGACUGUGCCUCCUUCUCACCUGCACAGUCACAUUAUAGGGUUGGACUGUGCCUCCCUCUCACCUGCACAGUCACAUUAUAGGGUUUGACUGUGCCUCCCUCAUGCCUGCACAGUCACAUUAUAGGGUUGGACUGUGCCUCCCUCAUGCCUGCACAGUCACAUUAUAGGGUUGGACUGUGCCUCCCUCAUGCCUGCACAGUCACACAGGCAUCAUCCAGCCCUCCUGCUCAUCUGCAGUCACACUCCAAGCUUCUCAGAUUCCACUGGUGACGGUUUUAUCUUUGAAAGAAAGGAAAGAGUCAGUGUUUCUCUGGAAGGUAGGCUCAUUGGGCUCACUUAAGUGUCACUGUAAUUUGCUCCCUUUUGCACACUGAAGCAGCAGCUCUGUGAUGGGAGACUGUUUCAGGGCCAAAUCUUGCACUGGUGAGGGAUGUCCUACUGUAAUGAGCAAGAGUAUCGCAAUGCAGUUGAUAAUCAUAGCAUUCAUGGUCACCUGCAACAUAUUAACCAAGAUAGGCUACGAGACGUUAACGUCCUGUGGAGGUUGGUUUGUAAGUAAUCAUUAUUACUGCUGGCAACUUGAAAAAAAAGCCCUGGUGUGAAUUAAAGCCAUUUUGGGGAUUCUGCAAUUGGUAAGGGAAUGUAGGUAGGCUGUGAGCUAGCAGGUCAGUGGACCAGAGAGAUGCCUGCUCACAGACCCUAAGUCACAGUCACCACCUCUGUCCUGCAGAUAUGUGCAAUUCCAAACCUCCACUUUGAAUUCAAGUUGAUGCGUUAUGAUAUGUAUUAAAUAUCUAUGUAGAAAGGACCUGAAUAGAAGUAGAAUUCCCGAAUCUUUAGGUUGCACGAUUGCGAGCCGUUGACUUUAAGACGCUGUUGCUGAUGGCACACACAAAAGAAAUAUGCAAAAUGAGCGCUCAGAGGCUAACCCUCUCUGUGUUUUGUUAUUGCUGUGAUUAUAUCCAGAACGAGCAGACUCGCCCGAGUGCACCUUUCGGAACGGGAGCGGUUUCGACAGAGCCCGUUCUCAGUGCGACCCCCCCUCCCCCCAUCGCAGCAGUGCAUUUUGGGAAGUCUGAGUCGGGUAGACUGACGUGGAAAAAGAAUGGACUUGUACAUUUUCCAGGCUUCAUUCAAACUCAUCAAAUGUACCACUAAACGAUAUGAACGGGUACUCUGGUGGAGGAUACCAUGCCCUUCACCAGCCUUUUACUGCCUUUAUAUUACUGUACGCAAGGCCUCUGAGGCUCGUGUGGAGCUCAAAUACUGCUGACUUUAGGGGGUUCGCAGUUUAUUUACUGUGUAUUCUGAAAUAAGCUCACAUUGGCAUUUUUCAGGCUCAAUACAUUCCUAGGCAACUCGUCUUCGUCUCUUUUUCCCUCUCCCUCGGCUCCCCCGUCGUCCUCUGUCCCCGUUUUGCGUCCUGCCAAACUAGACGGCGGUGUUAGGGGAGAUGGGAAGUCCUCUGUAGUGAGUGUGACCCCCGCUCUGUUCCGCAGAACUGCACUGUGGGUGCACUGGAGCAACAGAGAGACAGAUCCUGCGCUUUUACAACAAACGGCUGUCAAGCACUGCUGAUUGAUCUAACCUCACACAUCACAAAGCCCUGUUAAGGUUUAAAAAAAACAAAAAAAAAACAGAAAAAAGGAUUGUGAUAGAUAUGCAUUUGUAAAAUAGACAAGGGACAAUGAAAUGUAUCUGUGGAAAGAUCUUUAUAUGUUAAACGGUUUACAGGCUGUUGCAAAAAUAGCCUGCCCCCACCCCCUCCUGAAAAAAACAUCCUCUGGUGUUUGCUUUUCUGUUUUUCAUCAACUUUAAGAAAACAAACUGUAAAAAAAAAAAUAGGCAAAAGACAAUCUUGGAAAGGUGUAAUUUGUUCACUGUUUGAUUUCAGUUCCUUUUCUGUGUGCAGCUAUUGUAUACAGUGUGUCUUGGAGACCACAGAGUAUUUUAGCCAUAAUCAGAGCAUUCUUACUGGACUUCUGACUCUUUGGGAUCGGUAGAGCACUCACACUGGCUCACCGUUUACACAUUUUUAUCUGAUUUCUAUUUUUAUUAUUAUUACUAUUAUUUUAUAUAUUUUUUGUAGUGCAAGUAAGUGGUCUUUUCAGAAAUAUUUUGUACAAUACCAACGUCACAAGAGAAGUUAACUGUCAGCCUAAACAUUCCAAACAAGGAUGUCGACACAUUUAGCAACCAACCUGACUGGCAUCAUUUAGGAAUGUGGGGUUACCCAGCAUGCAGUUUUAGCAUUUCUCAGGAUGGAGAGGACCUGCUACUGCAGGACAGUGCCACCACUUAGACCACACACAUUGUAGUGCGGUGUGGGCCUGAGUGCAGCCAACAAAAAAAAGAUCCUCGCCCUCAUCCAAUCAGAAGGCUUGGGCUCUCCAGCUUUGGUGGCUAUUGGCUGUUGGCUCCUUGAGUGGACAUAAUCAAGUGCACAAAGGGCAGCCCUUGACACUGAGAGACUAUUCCACAGGAGCACAGGCCACACAUGCAGGUGUAUUGCUGGUCAGGGUUCUUGCUAAUGAACACAUACUUUAUCUGCUUUGGUCAGAUGUAUAGCUCAGCAAAAAGAAAAAAGAAAAAAAAUUAAAAAUGACCUAUCUUUUUAUUUUUCUAUUGGGGCAGUGUACAGCUACAGUCUAAUCAAAAUGGUUUCCGACCAUAGUCUGUUUCAUUUUAUAAUUUGGUGGUGCUUUAGAUUUUUCUGUCUCUGUUUUUAGGUUUUCCUCUUUACCUACCAGGAGCUGACGUUCUUAUCGCAGUUUCUGUUUGUUCCUAAUUCCAAUGUGAAACUGUAUUUUUUCCUCCUGAUUUUGGACUCAGUGGAAGUGUGAUGUUUACAUGUACAGAUUUUUUGCGAUUCUUUUUGUUGUUUUGUUCGAUUAUGUUUUUUCUCCUCCCCCUUUCCCGCUCCCCCAAAAACCUGUUAUAAUUUAAUCUGAUACAUAGUACAGGGAGAGGAAAUGGGACCAAGUCUAGAUAAGGUUCAGUUCAUUUACAUUGGAGGAGAAACCGACUUGUUGUAUAUGUGAUGGAGCUGUGUCCUUGGCUUCUGACAAUUACUCUACUAGCCAAUUAAGUACUUACAAACCAGUGGCUUCACAAGAAACCAAAAGCCUGGUGUAACCACUAGCCUUCACAUUAAUAAAAAUUUUCUUCAGUGAAUCAUAAGCCAUUUAUUGUACAUUCCCUGAAUAGGGUUCACUAGAUUUAAGAAAACAAUGGCAUACAAACCUCAGGUAAAGGACCACAGUUUUUAAACAUACGUCUUACUGAAUAAAGGCCCAUUUCCCUCUUUGAUACCACAUAAAUUAUAUCAAAUAAUUAUUCUUUUUUAUAUUUAUUGUGUUAUAUAUAACAGUGGAUACUUUUUUUCCAGUACAUGUGGCUAAAUAUUUUAAUUCUUUAGAAAAGUGUUGAUAAAUAUAUAUGUGAAGCAACAAAAAGAAAAAGAGAAAAAAAAAAUCAACUUCUGUUUGUUUAAUGCGAAACAGCAUGGGCAGUUAUCUUUUACCUUACAUAUCACUUUGAUUUAUGAAAUACCAAUGAUUUGAAAUGAAGCUUUCUUCAGUGUGAUGUCACUGCUAAGGUAAAAACGUUGGUUUCCAAACAUAACAUUGUGACUCUUUUCUCCCAAGCUGUAAGUCACAAAGCUAAAUAUACUAAUAAAACAGUGUGCUAUAUAUCAAACAGAA